UGUGCAUAUAAUAAAUGAAUGCUGCCAGCAAAUUACAUUUUGUACACGCGCGGCGCGUCAUAAAUCCGAUUAAAACGUGUUCCUCCGCGGCCAAUAUGUAAGCAAACGUCAGUGCCAGUAAUAAAUAAAACGAAAAAGUGAAGAUGAGUGCAAAUACGUCCUCUGCAACCCUGCCUCCGACCGCAGACAGUAGACGACCGCCUUUGCCUCAUGAGCUUACCGCCGAGUGGACCGUACGCGCUCAGCUGAAAUUUGCGCGUGCCGGAGAACAAGUGCAGCGCGAAUAUAGUACAGAUGAUCCGCUGCAGCCCGUACGGGUGGUGUACAAGUGGUCGGCGCCCUGCGAAGAUCCUGAGGAGCAUCUGGAUGAUGUAUCUACAUCGUCAACAUGCAAACAAUCCACAGGGAAUAGUAGGUCCGAGCUCAAAGCGGGAACAGCCACGGGCACUAGUUUUCGUUCGGUCAGCUCAUCGAUCACUAAUCCGGACGGCGGUGUUGAUUCCGCCUUUGGCAGUCCACAGACAUCGCGGCAUCAGCGUGGAUCACGACAAACGCCGACGCCGACAUCAGCGGGAAUGUGUGGCACACGUUGUCGAAGCUCUUGCAACAUUACUAUAUCAGCUGUGGCGGAUUUCUUGCCUCAGAAUGAAGGACUUACCGACAUAGAGCUUAACGUCGAGCACGAACCAUCCCUUUAUGGCACGACCGUUCCGCCAGAACAGAGCUUUCCACCGUUGGGCAAGAUUCUCGCAUUACGUGAUGCCUUCUCACAGACUAGCGAUACGGAGACAAAGUACUUUGAGGAACGCCGUCGUCCCUAUGAGCAGCGACGUGCCACAACCGAGGCACUCAUGUCAUUCGCCAACAAACGGCAUGCGGAGGAGGCUAACUCUUAUGUGCCACCCUACUCGCCAUCACCAAUGACACCUUCAUCGACCUUUAGGUCUACGUCGCUGCCGCGUAUUCCGACGCUGCCAAAACAACACAUGGCACCUGGUUGUACGCCGCAACAGCAAUCGCUAUUGGGUGAUCAACAGCAGCAGAAGAAACCCCGUACUGUGCACAUCGACGUAUAUUGCACUGGCUCGGAGGAUGAUGAAGUGCAGGCAGAUGGCGAAGCUUCCAGUUCAGACACGGAUGGAAAUGAGGGCAGUAGGCGCUACGAUUUAGACUCAAAUUCCACAAGACAAACGGUGCUGGACAAUGAACAAAUGUUGCUGCGUCACAAACGAGUUUCUGGUGGUGCUUUACCACGUCGCCUGGCGCAUCCAAACCGUGGCGCCCAACAGGGGGCCACAUUACAACCAAAACAUUCAAAACCGUCUGAUCUAAAUCUUGGCCAUGCCAUUACAAAGUCCAGCACAGCCGAAGAAAUAUCUGAGUCCAAGCAACUCCUCUUUCGAAAGCACAUUGGUGACCAGCGAGCCGCCAAAUUAGUCAAUCUACGCCAGAAAUAUAUGCGUCAGCCCAGUGAUGACACAUUGAGCAGUGUCUAUCCAAACUCUUCGCGCUCAACUGUGCCACUCGAUGCCACCUGCAGCAGUAUUUCCAGUGCAGUGCCGUCUACCUAUGCCGCAGACAACGUGGAGACAUCUUGGAAAGAGACGGAUGAGCCUGAAGACACAACCGACUAUGCGUUGACCAAGUCGAAUAGCUUUGAUUAUGAGAAUUCGUUAGAUCGACUGCGCAUUAAGCAAAUGGAGCGACAAUGGUCGCGUCAGCAUUCGUCGCAGCAGCCGACGCCUGCGGCGUCACCCACCUGCGCCCCACCAGUUCAAUCACCGCACCUGCAGACCAUCUCAGAAGUGCAAUCACAGCGCGACUCUCCGUUUUCUAGUUCUUUUCAACGCAGCGACACGCUGCCUUCUGAGUCCGACGCUUUUUCAGACACCAAUGUUUUUCACGCCUAUCCCGGCCGAGCGUUGCACAGUGAGGCGUCACGACAGCUGCGACAACAUGUACUUCCAAUGCAGGAGCCUUCUACGGCUGCUUCAUCGCAGCCUGCCUACUUACAUCAAUCAUCGCACUUUCCACGUAACCGGCCAGGGUUUCUUCAGUUCUUUGGCCCUCAAAACCAGACGCAAAGGGGUGCAGCGCCAACGUCAGGAGUUGGGAAUGCCACACUGGCUAAUACCUCGCAACUGAGUCCUAAUUACUCACCCCAUUUUCAACGCUGGAAGAGUGAGGCGCGUGACAACCUGAGCCUAAACGCAUCCUCAUUGUCGUCAUUGGAGCAAAGCUCGCAGCAAUUGCUGUCUGUGGCCACAGUUGUACCCUCGAGCCUCAUACGGAGUGGCAGUGAGGCGCCACCCACGACCACAUCAGCAGCCACAUUCAACAUAUCCUCGAUAUCGCCUGUACCGCAGAUUCCCCGUCGCUUUGAUAUAUCACGUGAGAGUCCCUGCAUCCCCUCUAUUGCGUUGUCUGGCUAUACGAACGAACAUCUAGAAAAGGCAUUGAGGUUUGGCAAUGUAGUCGCCGUGCGUAAGCCGGGCCAUCACGUCGGACCUACCAAGAAUCCAAAUUGUCAAUGUGAAAGCUGCCAGCGUUGGCUAGCCGAGCGUUUUUAUGUUCGUGGACGCGCCUUCUCUUUAGGCGAGCGACCCGUGCUGCGUCGAACCUGAUUUACAGAGAGAAGUGGAACCUCACUUUUGCCCUGGAUAGUUUUAUAUUUCACUUGCAUUUAAUAACAUAACUUAACAUAACAAAUUAACUCAACCAGCCCAAUUGUUUUGCCUAGAAUUAUGUCAUCGACAAUGUUCCUUUCACAACAGAAUGUGCGCUGAAUCAAUUUAUUUAAUUGUGUCUUAAUAAAGUAGUCUUUAAACGAA